AUGAGCGCGGCUACGGAGCUGUCGAACCCGGUGGAGGUCGUAGGCGCCGCCUGCGCGGGUUUCGCGGAGCAACGCCUGCGCGAGAUGGGGACUCCGGUAACCAUAACCGUGGCCAUCCAGGCGGCGGAGGACGAGGAGCCCGACGAAGAGGAAACGAUCAACAGUGAUGAUGAAAUUGUGAGGCACGAGAAAUCGAGCGGUGCUGGCACGAGUGGUGGCGAGCUGGAGGAGGAGAGCUGGCAGCCCCCGGACCCUGAACUGACCCAGAAGCUCAUAGCUCAGAUCGAGUACUACAUGUCCGAUGAGAACCUGGAGCACGAUGCCUUCCUGCUCAAGCACGUCCGGCGCAAUAAGCUCGGCUUCGUCAGCGUCAAGCUGCUUACAUCUUUCAAGAAGGUAAAGCACUUGACAAGGGACUGGAGGACUACAGCAUACGCGCUGCGUCAUUCCACCCUGCUGGAGCUGAACGAAGAAGGUCGGAAAGUUCGCCGCAGGACGAGCGUGCCGGUGUUUGCCAGUGAGUCUCUGCCGAGCCGCAUGCUGCUCCUGAGUGAGCUACAGCGCUGGCCUGAGCUAGGUGUGGCUUUGGCAGGUGGGGGUGGGGCUGGAGACGGGAGCCCUGGGGCGAACCCAGCCCAGCAGGAGCGGCUCAUGGAGCUUCUGCUCAAGGCCUUUGGUGCGUAUGGCCCGAUCGCCUCCGUGCGCGUGCUGAAGCCUGGCAAAGACCUGCCACCUGAUCUAAAGAAGCUGAGUGGGCGCUACUCGCAGCUGGGCACUGAGGAGUGUGCCAUCGUCGAGUUUGAGGAGGUGGAGGCGGCUGUGACGGCCCACGAGGCCUUCACAGGCCAGCAGGGAGAUGGGAAAGGCUCAAUGGGGCUCAAGGUGGUGCUGAUUGGUACCAAGCCGCCUAAAAAGAAGGCACCCAAGGACAGGCAGCGGGAGGAGAACGGAAAUGCUGGAGGAGGAGGAUUGCGCAAGAGCCGCUCACUGAACAGUCGUGUGCGUGAGCUGCAGUAUCAUGGCGACGACUCUGCCUGCAGCUCCUCCGAAACGGAAAGCAACCCGACUUCUCCUCGCCUCGGCCGCAAGUCCCGUUCGUGCAACAAGCUGAGUCCUGGCGGCUACCACUUGAGCCCGGCCGUGUCUCCCCGCUCCAGCCCGUGGAACAGCCCACGUGCCAGCCCUUGUUCCCAACGCAAAGCCCCUCCCAAUGCCCGCUCACCCCUGGCCAGUGAAGGCAGGUUGAGCCCUGAGGCUGGGCGCCGCUGGGCUGAUUAUUCCUCGGACAGCAGCUUGACUCCUUCAGGAAGCCCAUGGGUGCAGCGCAGGAAGCAGGUGGCCAGUCAGGAGAGCAGCCCAGUGGGGAGCCCCAUGUUAGGCAGAAAGAUCCAGAACGCAGACGGCCUUCCCCCUGGAGUUGUGCGCCUGCCCAGAGGUCCGGAUGGAACGCGUGGGUUUCACGCAGUCUCGGUUGCAGAACGGGGCAAAACCGCAGCCACUCAAACCUGACUCGAACCAGGGGGAGCCUCACUUCUCCCAAAAACGGCAGCACUGAACUAUAGCAGUGAGGUUUAUGCAUCGUAUACCACACUGCCACCACAGUGAGCCAUCAUUCUGCAAAAAUAGACCACUGAUCUGUUACACAUCAUUGUCUGUUUUUGAUUUCUUUGUAAUACCUUUUUUUUUUUUUUUUUUUUUUUUUUUUUUAAUAUGGAUAUUUUUGGUUGUUUUAUAUGGACAUUAUUAUCAGACUUGGUUAGGUAUUACAAGAAAGGGAUGAGUGCAAAUGUCAAAUCACUCUAUACUGGAUAUAAAAAUAUAGACAUGUAUAUUAUUAAAAAAAAAAAAAACCUUUUAUUUUUGUGUCUGAUGUGGACAGUGGUUUAAGCAUGUGGACUUGAUUGAUCACUUAAUGCCUUGUUGCACCCAAAAAGCAGCAAUGAAAAAUUUUGUGGCCAUAGUUUCUUUCCUGGAAUUAGGCUUGAAUAGUAAUCGCUUAUGGAAAAUGGGUUGUCUUUUUGUUAUAUUUUAGGUUUUAAUUUGCUUCUUUUUUAUUAUUAUUAUUAUUAUUAUUAUUAUUAUUAUUAUUAUUAUUCCUUCCUGCCUUUUUUCUGGACUUUUUUUUUUUUCCUUUAAAGGGAUUACUAUUUUAGCUGGGAUGUGGUUCAUAGAAUUUGAAUCCUAUCUGAGGCUCUGUUUUGUUCCAGUGUAGCCCAUAAAGGACUGGAGAUAGUGAGGCUCCAGCCUGUAAAUAUGCUUUGCUUUUGCCUUUCCGGUUGAGUGGAGGCAAAGUACUGCACAUUUCAUACUGUACAAAAAUAAAUCACUGCAAUGGCA